AUGGGCCGCUUCCACGUGCGAGUCCGCUCCUGGGGCGAGAAGCACGGGCAGUUCCGCGCCAGCACCCGAACCUCGGAGGCGCACUGUUGCGACGAUGCCGCCGCAGCCAGCUCUCUCGCGCUGCCGCUGCCCGACAGCUCUCUCCCUUGUCACGUCGCGGGUGCCGCGGACGGCUCGCUGGAGGUUUACCGCACCCUCAAAGUCAACCGAGCUGGGCUGCGAAAGUCUCGGCUGCUCAUCAUCGACGACCCGGCCGGCGUCAUUCGCCAGCUGAAGCCCGACGGCAGCGUCAAGUUCGAGACGCCGGUGGCUUCCGUCGCGAGCGUCGAGCGAACCGCUGGCUCGCACGGCGUGGUGCUGGGCUGCAUCGACGGGGCCCGCCUCUGUCGGCGGCAGUACGAGUUCGCCACAGGACUCGAGCGCGAGAGCUUUGUGUUCGCGCUCAGCUCGUCCAUGCGCUGCCUUGGCCUGGCUGCUCCGGCCGCCCGGGCCUCGCCUGUCACGCGGGUGCUGGUCGCCACGUGGAACAUGGGCGGCGCGCCGCCGCCUCGGGGAGCGCUCAGCAAGUGGCUCGGGGACACCGACGCCGCGCUCGUCGCAGUCGGAGUGCAGGAGGCGCCGGGCUACCGCGCCACCGGCAUCGGCCACGUCUACGGAAACAAGGGCGCCGUCGGCGUCGCGCUGCGGCUCGCCGGCGACUCGCGGGGCGGCCUGGAGCUCUCGGACCGCUUCGACCACUGCUUUCUGUUUGGGGACCUCAACUACCGGGUCGACGCCCCCUUCCAAGUUGCGGCGGAGCACGCCAUGCGCAUCGCCGCGUCGCCGCCGCCGCACGGGCCGACCGCGCCGCCGGACAGCGGCGUCGGCUGUGCGAUCGGCACCCCUCACGAGGCGGCGGAGGGAGGCACCUCGGACCAGCUCCGGCGCGAGGCGGCGGACGGGCGCUGCGCCCACGGCUUUUGCGAGCCUCGCAUCGGCUUCGCGCCCACGUACCGCUGGGAGGACCACACGCCGCUGCGAGCAGCCUUCGAGGUCGCCCCCUCCGCCGCCGACGCACACAAUGCCGAGUGCCCUCCCUGCUCUCCGUGCCGUGCGGACGAGGGGCGGGCAGAGCUGGCCAGCCGAGGGGCGAGCUGCGCGGGCACGCUUGCACACUUCGCGGAGGAUUCCGCGGCGCCGCACGGCCGUCGGCGCGCGCUAGCGGACGCUCGCGCGGUGGCGUCGGGCGCGGGCAGAGGCGUGGCGCGCGCCUUUGAGCAGCCCGACCGCGCUUCGGAGGCGCUGACUCUGCGCCUGGAGGAUGUGGAGCUGCAGCUGUCGGGCGCCGCCUGCGCCGCGCUGCUCGCAGCCGCGCCUGCCGACGAGGCGGUGCCGCUCUCCCUCUCCCUCCACGGCGAGCUGCUCGACCAGCCGCGCAAGGAGAGCGCCGCCGAGGCGCGCGGCGGCUGGUCUGCCGACUCGCCGAUCCGGUUCGAGCCAAACGCGGCGCCGGUCCGGACGUUUGCCGUGCGGCCCGCGCAGCUGCGGCGGCGGCCACUGCUCCUCGCGCUGCGGUCCGGUCGCUGCAAGAGGGACGGCGAGGUGAAGAAGCACUCGUCCGGCGCGCUGCUCGGGCAGGGCGCGGUGCCGCUGGACGGCUUGCUGCCGGGCGCGCCGCUGCCCUUCCGCGUGACGCUGCUGCGGCAAGGCAGGCAGCGCUUGCGCCGCUUGCACCGUUCGCACGUGCUCCAGUGCGCCGCUCUGCACGACGCGCAGAAGUACAUCUCGCAGCAUUUGCAUGGCUUCGUCCUCACGAUCUUUGUAGGGUUGAUCACAUCGACGCAGCUGUCGCACAUAUUGUUUCGGGUCAUGUCCCCUUGGCUUGCGACGACAAAGUGGGGGCUGCUCGCGUCCACCCAGUCCAACAACAGCUCUGCGAGCUGGGCCAUCGGCUUCACGAUCCGCGCCACCUCUCCGCCAUCGAGGGCGCGAGGGUGCCUGUGCUCGGAGGAUGCGCGCCGCAGAUCGGCGGAGAGCAGCGCGACAGAGCCCUGCAGCGGGGACAGCCCGCUCCCCGUGACCGAGACGCAGCCUCUGAGCGAGAUGGACUUCGUGUGGGAGCGGGCGUCCACACGCGUCAGGAGCGCUCGGAGCUGGGCGUCGGACAGCUUGUGGCGUGAUUUCUUGCUCAGAAACUUGAUAUGCUGCCACAAGCGGCCAUCGUUCGUGAUUCGUUGCAACGUCUUGCAGGAGGCGCCAAAGGCAAACAGCGACGCAUAG